GAUGUGUGCAGCUAUGGAAUGUGCCUUUGGAGAGCUGAUCUUUCAGCUACGUUCAUUAAAAGAAGCAAUGUUUUCCCAGUACUGCGGCUGAAUCUGUGAAGCUGCUUGUUCGCCAACAGUCCGGACGAAUCCUGAGAGCUUUCAUCACCAGUCUCCAUUCACGGCAUUGGCUAUCGCCAAUUCUGACUCCAAACAGCUAGUAGCACAGAUGGUAAGUAAAAACAUGUAGGUCUGGGGCUACAAUAACAAUAUACAAAGGUUAAAUGCUACGCUUUGUCAAGUUUAAGAUGAUAUGGGUUCCAUCUAUGUUGGACUUGGCAGUUUCCGGGUUAGUGAGGUGGAGGAUGUUCAGCGGACUGCCGUGAUUGCAGUCCCGGGGUAACAUCUCACCAGCGGCCGACACAUCGAGCAUCUGUCCAGGCUCUUAUGCGGUCGUGGAAUAUGGCUACCAUGAGAAUAUUAACGGCGUCCGGUCUAUUUUUGGCCUUCUGUGCACUGGGACUGUUAGCAAUUGCCAUAAGCACAGACUACUGGUAUGAGACUGAUGCGCGUCGGCACCGGGAGCGCUGCAAGAAAUACGCCAGCAAAAGGAAUGACCCGGGAUACAUAUAUAUUUCAAAUCAAAACCUUCCUCUUCGGAUGCGUCCAAAGGGGGGUGAUGUGGCUAGGAUGGCGUCCACCAGCGGAACGCUUCUCCGGACAAAGCGAGAUCUCCUGCCUUUUACUUCGGCCAUGGAGUCACGGUGUAGUCGGCGUUUCAAUUCCACAGCAACUGGACUGUGGAGGAAGUGCCACAGAGAGGGCUUCGACCAGGAUAAUGAGGAUCUUAUCUUUAAAGGAUUGCUUCGGCGAUGUACUGCAGUGAAGUAUUAUUACUCCUCUUCAAAUGUUCCACGCAAUCUCCCAGUAAACAUUACGAACACCAUCCAGCAAGAUGAGUGGCACGCGCUCCAUUUGCAAAGGAUGACUGCAGGGUUCAUAGGCAUGGCCGUGUCCAUAAUCAUGUUUGGCUGGAUCAUCGGUGUGCUAGGCUGCUGCAAGCACAACGAGUUGAUGCAGUAUGUAGCUGGUCUGCUCUUCCUAAUGGGAGGGACCUGUUGCAUCAUCUCUCUGUGCACAUGUGUUGCUGGUAUUAACUUUGAACUGUCCCGGUACCCUCGUUACCUGUACGGGCUGCCAGAGGACAUAAGUCAUGGCUAUGGUUGGUCCAUGUUCAGUGCCUGGGGAGGCCUGGGCCUCACACUGCUGGCUGGUUUCCUCUGCACCCUGGCUCCCUCUCUUCACAGCCCUCAGACCACCACUGUACACAAGCCUCGGCAGGAGAAUGGCAUGGUGUGACAGAUUUUAGAAGAUAUGCAUAACUGAUCAAACAUCAAACAUGCACAUAGAUAGGUACAUAAGCCUACACACACAUGCCAUACGUUCACAGGCACACAUAUACUUAUGCACAUGUAUGGUAUGGAAAGGCAGACAGAGGUGCUUAACUACACAUGCAGAUAGAAACAGACCCCAUAUGCACAUGCACACACUUAACAGAGCAAAUAUCUUGUAGAGUUAAAACAGGAUUCUCUGCACCCUGUGCAACCAUAACAGCCCAGGUAGAUUUGUUAAAUAUUGAACAUAAAAAAACCUCUGGAAUGAACAAAGUCUGAACUCUGCACAUUGUAAAGUGGUAGAUGGAUUUAUGUAAGAGCACAAAAUAUGAAAGAUUUACCACCAAUACCUGUCACAGGGCUUAUAAUUCAAGAAGGCGUUCUGUUCAUAUGGUGCUCUCUCUCUCUCUCUCUCUCUCUCUCUCUGUCUGUCUCUUUCUCUUUUACUCUUUCUUUUCCACCCCUCCCUUCUUCCCAUUCAGUCUGUCUCAAACUCCUCUGUGUCUGCCUCACCCUUUCUUGCCUGUGGUUUUCAUUCUCCAAAGUGGACACAGUCUUGUAAACAGACAGAUCUUUUCAGUGAGUAAACUCUUGUGUGUUUUGGCAUUGCCUGCUGCAUAGAAACAAGGAAGAAAAAAGCAAAACGAAACAAGAAACUUCAAGUGUCUUCCUCUGUGUGUUGUUUAAUUUGUGGUUUUGGCUACGUUUAUGACAAAGUAAAAAGCACACAACAGAGAACUGGGUUUGUAGAGAUGGAUGAUUACUGAUUGGCACCUUUCCUGAUGUAAUUUGUGACUAUGUACCUCUGACAUCAUAAAGACUUGAAAAAAAAGAUCAUUUUAAGGCAGUAAAAAGCAGCACUAUAAGGCUUUGAAAGGAAAUGGUUUGUUUUCACAUGAUUUAAGUUUUUUUUUAUAAUAAAGUUAUCAUAAAUCAUA